GUCCGAAGAUCCCGGUGAGCGAUCUGGUGCCCGCCGGCCCGGGGAUGGCUCGGGACGCGGUGCUGGAGCGGCGCAGCGCGUGGCCGUCGCGGUGGCUGCGGGCGCUGCUGUUGCUGCAGCUGCUGCGGUGGAGGUACGCCCUGGGCGAGCUCCCGUUCAGCAGCAGUCGGCACCCGGGCUUUGCGGACCUCCUGUCGGAGCAGCAGCUGCUGGAGGUGCAGGACUUGACCCUGUCUCUGCUGCAGGGCGGAGGUCUGGGGCCGCUGUCGCUGCUACCCCCUGACCUGCCGGAUCUGGAGCCCGAAUGCCAGGAGAUGCUGAUGGACUUCGCCAAUAGCAGCGCCGAGCUGACCGGGUGUCUGGUGCGCAGCGCUCGGCCCGUGCGCCUCUGCCAGACCUGCUACCCGCUUUUCCAACAGGUCGCCAGCAAGAUGGACAACAUCAGCCGGAACGUCGGGAAUUCCUCAGAGAGCCCAAGCUGUGCCAGAAGUCUCCUGAUGGCGGACAGAAUGCAAAUAGUUGUGACGGUCUCAGAGUUUUUCAACACCACAUGGCAGGAAGCGAACUGUGCGAAUUGCUUGACAAACAACAGUGAGGGUUUGUCAGAUAACACGGAGUAUUUCCUCAGCCUAUUUAACAAGACUUUGGCCUGCUUUGAGCACAACCUUCAGGGGCGCACACACAGUCUCCCCCCACCAAAAAAUUACUCUGAAGUGUGCAGAAACUGUAUCGACGCUUACAGAAACCUGAGCACCGUGUAUACUGAAAUGCAGAAAAGGAAUGGGCUUGAGAAUAAGGCUGAGCCCGGAACGCACCUAUGCAUCGAUGUGGAGGACGCGAUGAACAUUACUCGAAAGCUUUGGAGUCGAACCUUCAACUGCUCAGUCACCUGCAGUGACACGGUGUCUGUAGUCGCUGUUUCUGUGUUCAUCCUCUUUCUGCCCGUUGUCUUCUACCUUAGUAGCUUUCUUCAUUCGGAGCAAAAGAAACGCAAACUCAUCCUACCCAAACGUCUCAAGUCAAGUACCAGUUUCGCCAACAUUCAAGAGAAUUCCACCUGAAACCUGCAACAUGGGGCUCGACCUCCCGGUCUCGUGAGAGAGCAGCUGGCCCACCGCAGGGUCAGGAAGAAGAUGAGCCAAGAUCUGACAGACCAUCUUCUCGUGAAACGUCCGGGCUGCAGAUCUGUAAUUUAUCUGAAUGACAAUCUUCAAAUUCACUUUUCCUGCCCACCCAUUUUUAAAGAUUUCUGUAUUUCUAAUUUUUAGACAUGGCACUGUUACAUAUUUUAAGGUAUAUGUGUUAGGGUGACAAGCGAGGACUCUGUUUUUGCUGGCAUACGACUACUUGACACUUCUGAUAUCUCCUCGUUGACACAAGUACACAAAACACAAGCAGCUGAAGAUUGCCAUUUACACAUUAGUCACUGAUAGCCAACUUGGAGAUGGAAAUAUACUUGCCAAAUGGUAGCAGGCCCAAGAAUUAACUUAAAGACUUCCCCUUGCCAGUAUUAUCAUUUAUGUAUAUAUAUAAAUAUUUAAUAUAUCAUACGUUAAGAUACUGUACUCUCUAGUUUCCCUGAAGUCAUUCUUGAAGCCACUAAUGAUAAACCUCCUUAACAAUUUUCAGGAAUGGUGAGCUACACUGUACAUUUAUCUUUGUUAAAAGAUUUAUGGUAACUGGUUUUCUUACUUGACUUUUAUAGAUAUUAUUUUACAUCUUAUUUUUGCCUUUAUUUCAUAAGUAAUUUAAAAGUCACUGGACUGCUUCAUUAGCUUCAGGAUACAAUGGCUUCAUUUUAUGCCAUGGAUUUGCAUUGUGAAUUUCAUUAAGUUAUUUGGCGACUUGUAACUUAUUCUUUAAAUGAAAUGUAGCACAGGUGUGUCACACUGUGUUUGGAUUUUAACGAAAAUUUCAUCUUGCAGUGUUUGCAGGGUUGGGAGAGAUGAAAGGACCACAGGAGAGGACAGGGAUGAGGGCCGGUGGUCACUGAGAAAGGCCCUGCAUAGUUUAUAUUGGCGGGGAGCUGGAUGACCGUCUCCCACAGGGAGCACUUCAGUUAUGUAAAUGACGGAAUCGAUAUGGCCGAAAUGAAAUUACACAUUUCCCUGUCAGAAAACAAAUCUACGUUGAGAUACUUCCAGCAACUUUAAAACAGUGAUUUGUCUCAGGAUCAUUCGGUUCUAUGUAUUCCUCAGGAUGUAGGAGUUGAUGGUUUUGUUCGUCAAUUCUCUGUUUCUCGGUAGGAGCAGGAUUUCUUUUAAAGGUUGUAAAUAUGGAGGCUCCUCUGGCUGACUACUCAAAGUGUGGUUCCCUUCCCUUCACAGACAGCAAUACGCUCUGGAAGGAGACAGGAGUGUUUGUGUUUUUGUAUCUUUACCACAUAUGCAGUGUGAGAGCAGGCUCACCCUUGGAGGUGUGACGAUCAGGCGACACUCGGACCAGCUUUUCUUCUGGUCGAUGUGCUGUGUGGGCUGUCAUUUUCCCUGGUCUGUCACUAAGGGCACGGUCUGCAUUUGAAGCCCGUGGUUGAGGGCCAAUGAAAGCAAUCUUCAUCAAUGCCGAUAAAACAGGUUUUCGUGUGCAGAGUUAGCAAAGGGACAUAUUCGAAUUGAGCAGCGACUCCUUGAGCGCCUUUCAACACUGUGUGUGUGUGUGCGCAAACCGUUGCUUUUGGAUAAAAAAGCUAAUGAGCGCGCAGCCUUUGCCGUUCUCUCCUGAGGUCUCUGCUCUCUGCAAGUUGUAUCAGAAAUAGAUUUGAAAAACAUAUGUUAAGUGCUGUAUGGAAGUGCAGAAGAGCUUCAUCUUAUGGUCAUGUGGAAGGUGUACAUAGUUCUGAAUCCUGAGACCCACGAGGCGUGUAUGCACAAGAAGACCUUUUAUCUUAUGCAUUA